ACACACAGGCACUGUUCUCUUGUUGAGUAUUUUUCUUCGAGCAGAAACCAUUCUCAUCAAAUCUCCUUUAACUGACAAGUUAAUAUCAAGAUGGGGAACAUGCAUUGCCCUCCUGAGGAUGCAGCCCUCCUGGCCUCUGUUGCUCAAGACAUCUGCCCUUUCCCAAACUACAGCCCCAAUCCUCUUUUCAUCAACGUGCUGUCCAUCAACUCUUCACUUCACCUGAGGAACCACUACAUGGCAGUGCAGUCCUCCCUGACCCCCAAGCAGCUGGAGGACUUCACCCAGGGCCUGAGGACCACUUUUGGCAGGGACGGCAAGGUCACUCUUGGCGGGGUGGGGGUGGUGGCCCUGUCCCUGGCUGUGCUGUUUGACACUCUUGCCAGACAGGUCAGGGGAGAGUGGGUGUCAGACUCAGGUCCUAUUCCAGGCUUAUUUGUCAAAAACCUGAGAGGGUACUACCCAGCUCAUGUCUACACAGUCAGUGAGUACCUGAGGCUGAUACCCCACAUUGCAAACAACCCUACCAGGAUGAUAGAGGAGUCAGAGAAGUACCACAAGCAGUUGGUAAUCGAUCACGAAUCUUGGGACAAAUUGGUAGAAAACCACACAAUGGCGACAAAAGACGACACCACAGCAGUCAAUGUGUUUAUGGAACAAUAUAUUGCAUUCAGUUUAUCCCUUCACCUCAGCCGCAUAACAAAUUUUACAGGUAAUCUGUUGGACAUCAACUCCAAUGAGUUCCCUACAGCUGAUAUUAUCUGGAAUCUCAACUGUGACCUAAAGGCUGCUGACAAAGAAUUUUUGGCUAAAGUAAAAAAAUCUGACAAACGUACCCAAGAAGCUUUUGAAAGCUGCACGCCAAAGAGUGGACAUCCAUCGCAGACAUGGCUGCAGCAUGUUGCCAAGCUAGUUAUGGCAGAUGUCCUGUUCCUCCCCGCCCAAAGUGGAUAUGCAAAUCCUGAUUCAAUAGUUGCUCACAGAGAACAUUUUGAUCUGAAGGCCCAUGCACUCAAAAAAUGGGUAGAGUAAGAGUAGUUCACUGUCCAAUAUUCCAUAGAAUAAUUCCACAUUAGCCCCACAGCGGGGGAAUUUACAGCUAGAAAGAAAAUUACUUAAAGUUUAUGUUCAAAAGAAAACA